AUGCUCCCUCGGCCCAACAAGGAGUCCAAGACUGCCAACCUCAUCCAGCAGUACGAGGACCGCCUGUACAGCCAAAACGAGAAGAGAAGCAAGAAGAUCAUCGACGAGGCAACCGAAUUCUACGACGAGCUCGUGAAGGACUACAGCGUUGCCCGCGGCGGCGGCGAGCUCCAGGCUCAGUGCCAGGCCCGCUUCGCCCAGCUAGUCGCGAACCUCGAGACACAAGACAACAUCAUCGCCGACGCGUACAUUGCAAUCGAGAAGUACAGUUCCGACACGGAACGCGUCAUGGCCAAGGAGGUAGAGCUCGUCAGAGCCGAGCUCGACCGCUCGAUGGCGGAGUCGACGACGGCCAAGGCUGGCAUCCAGAAGGCGCAGGCACUGGAGCACUCGACGCUCAGCGCCGUCGACAUCACCGCGUCGGUACGCCUGUAG